UUUUUUUCACGUAUGCAAGGAUCUACUCUCCGCUCAGACGGGUCGAAGUUUCCCCUUCAUCCUCCCGGAGCAGCACAGGGGACGAGCCGCUCGGGCCUGCGGCGGUGAACUGUGCACACGGCGCUUCCCAGCGGGACCUCACCCUCCCCUUGCUCGGGUCUCUUUCCUCCCUCGCUCGCUCGGUCCCGGGCCACCGGGUCGCCUGCCGCGAGGGUUUCCGCGCAAUGAGCAUCGACACGCUCCUGGAGGCGGCCAGAUACCUGGAAUGGCAGGCCCAGCAACAACAGAUCGCACGUGAGGAGGAGCAACGCAAAGCGAAGGAGCUCAUCAACAGGGAGGCGGAGUCACGGCGUGUGGAACUCGUGACGUCAUCGUCGUCUCCGCCGGUCAGAGCCAACCACAUCAGCUGGGGUGAUGGCGCUCACCGUCAACAGCCGCUUCACCCUCCCGCCCCGCCGCCCCUCUCCUUCCAACCUCAUCAAGUUCCCAUCACCAUCAUCCCAAUGGUCCCAGUUGUCACUUCGACGCCGUCGGUCCCACCGCUGCCUCUCCCAACGCCGAUGGCUGCGGCAGCGACGUCACUCAACGGCUCCACGCCGCCGGUGAAGAUCUCCUCCUCCUCCCCCCCGCCGCAGCAGCAGCCGGCCUCUCGUCCCCUGUUGUGCGCCCCCCAGAUAAAAGUAGAGACUGGUCAGCCCCAGAUAAAAGUAGAGACUGGUCAGCAGCUGAUGGGAGCAAAGCCCAGCCAAUCACAGCCUCAGGUUCAGAUUCAGUACCCGACCUCCAUCAGCAUUAAUGGCUCUAGCUCUCAUCAUACACUGGUUCCCCAUCAAGCCCCGCCCACGCCUCAGCCCCGGCCGAACGGCGUGACGAUGGAAGACAUGAGGGGGAUGGAAGGGAAGAGGAGACCAGGAGGAGCGGGGACCAGAGAGGUUCACAAUAAACUGGAGAAGAACAGGCCCUCCAGGCGAGCGCACCUCAAAGACUGUUUUGAGACGCUGAAGAAGAACGUUCCAAAUGUUGACGAGAAGAAAACGUCCAACCUCAGUGUUCUCCGCAGCGCUUUGCGUUACAUACAGACUCUGAAGCGCAAGGAGAAGGAGUACGAGCACGAGAUGGAGCGUUUGGCCAGAGAGAAGAUCGCCACGCAGCAGCGGCUGGCCGAGCUGAAGAACGAGCUCGGCCAGUGCAUGGACGUCACGGAGGUCGACAAGGUCCUGCGACAGACCAUUCAGCCGGAGGACGACCAGGCCUCCACGUCCACUGCAUCAGAAGGAGAGGACAACUUUGAGCAGGACAUGGACGAGGAUGUCUCCGCUCCUCCUGCUGCAUCACUCCUGACCAAACCAGCGCCUCCCAUCCUACAAGCCCAGCCGCUCCUCGCCCCUCACCUGUCCAUCCAGCACACCGCCCUGCCUUUGUCUGGAGUCCUGACCACGCCCUCCCCCUCAGGUCUCCCUCCUCAUCAAGUCAUCGCUCCGGCCCCAGGUCUGCCCCCCCAUCUGCCUGCUCAUCACAUUCAGCCCCCAAUUUUGCAGGUCCAGCCCACCGUCAUCGCUCAUGCCGCCGUCUCCCACCCUUCGGUCAUCCAAGCUGUCAAUCACACACUGCCAGCCAAUCACAAGCACCUCACACACAUUGCCCCGUCACCCGGCCCCACCGCCUGUACCCCGCAGCCAUUAACGGCAGCUCCAGCCAACCACCAACAUAUAACCGCCCAGCCCAUCGGACAUAUCACCGUCCACCCGGUGGCUCACCUGGGAGCUCCACUGCCAUCCCACCUCCCGACUCUUUACCCCCAGGGUGUGUCUGUCUCCCAGCCCACCAUGAUGGGACACAUCACUCACACCUUCACCCAUCACAGUCUGCCGCAUGUCCAGGCUAAUCCUCAAGCUCACACUAACGGAGCCCAGGUAAACAGCGCCACCAUGGUCAGCCAGGGGGGCUCGUUAGGGAAACCCACAGCAGUGCUGGCCCCCCACCCCCAACUGGUUGGACAGGCGACCGUCCUGAACCCUGUCACAAUGGUUACGGUCCCAACGUUCCCUGUCAGCACUCUCAAACUGGCCUGAAAGAGUAAAAAACUAAAACGUUGGGUCGAACUGAAGGAGAGAAAGAUUCAGAACUUCUGGAUAAGUUGUCACACUCCAAUCUAUAACCAAGAGUCUCUGACGGACAUGAAGUCACGAAAACAUCAUCAGCUGUUUUCUGGACAAACUCGUGACAAAUAUCUCCCGAGAUAUUCGGUCCCAGCUCUGUUAGAUUGUGAACAAUGGGACUAAAGCAGAGUCAGGGGGUCCGGCCAUUGUUUAUGAGAAUGCGACUGACAUUUGUCUCCGCUGCAAAGACAGGAACUCUUGUUUUCCCUUCCUUCCUUUCUUCCUCUGCCUUCUUCUCUACUUCCUUCCCUCCUCUCCUCCCUUUACAACAAGAAGCACUAACACAAUAAGCUCAGUUCACACUCAGGCAUCAAGGAUUUACCUUAAACUCUUCAUUCACCCGUCGAGGGACAACGCACAAGCGACAGACGGCAGAUUGUCGUUUUGGCUGUUGUCAUGGUAAUACAGUCUGUGCCCUAUUUGUAUUCAUGUGAUCUCAAUGUCAUGUGGGACCUCGUUGGGGAAUAAUGUCACUGACGGGUUUGAGAGCAGCUCAGUGGUCUCACUAGUAAAUUGGACACAGAGUGUGAAGUUGACCACAUCACACACAAAAGUUAGAGCAACACUAAGCAAUGUUAUACCUAAAAAUAGCAGCUUCAUUCAAAGGCUUCACGGUUCGCUGACUUUGAAUAGAGAGACAAUGUUUCCUCUUUCACCCCCCCCCCCGAAUGACCGGUUUUGCGCUAUGUAACUGGUGAGCAUGUACGAUGUGGAACAGACACAGAUUCAAUUGUCAGAAUCAGAUGCAGUGAGUUGAAGAGUAAAGCUGAACUGUAGCUCAGUUAAAAAGAUGAAGAAGUUAUUAAAAACCUGAGUUAAUCUCGUAUAUUCAGCAGCAAACUUUUAGAAUAUGAAUAAAAUCUCAACUGAAUUUGGUGGAUUUGUUACAGCUGCGACUAUUCCGGUUCAGGAAGCUGAGGAUCAUGGGUAAUAUCCCCCGCUCAGUUGCGUUUCAGGUCACUGAGUAGAGUUACAGUUUAGUUUCCUCUACUUGAAAACAUCUUAAUCACUCUGGCUGUGGCUGCAGGGGGCGCUGUUGCUCAGUAAACGUUACUUAGUGUUGCUUUAAAUGGAGCUAAAUCAUGAAAUCUUAAUGACAGUCAAAGAAAAGAUCCUCAUUUACAUUGCUUGAAUUUCUUGUCACCCCUUUGCUAUUACCUUCGAUCUUAGUACAGAAGUAUAGAACUUGUUUCAGGAGGUUGGUCGUCUCCAGCUUCCUCCAAAUGAAGGUUCCUCUCCAUUUCACCUGGGAAAUAGCUACAGAAGAAGAGUGAACAGCAGGUGGUGAUGCUUUAAUGACAUUUGAACCAAUCUGCAGCUAAAAAAAUACACAACCUCGUCUUCUUUGUGUGAGGUUUCUGUCCUGCCGUCAGCUUCUGGUGGCUUGAGUGGAGAGUCUGACACAGUGGAGUGUCCCCCACUGAUGAGGUGCAGGUUUAAAGAGGAGGAAUUGGGGCUAUGGGGGCUCAGCUCGCUCACACCGACAGGCAACAGGACCGACGUUGAAUUUCAACCAAAACACAGAAUCAUGAGUCAUAAAACACAUUAAAAGGGUUAGGGUUACAUCUUGAGUGAGAUUUUUCGCAUAUUGUCUUGAUUCAUGCAACCAGUCAAAUGUACAUUGAUGCUUCACUGCACUACCUGUCCCACAGUGAAAAGAUGGUCAGAAUUAUUUAUCAUCUGUUUUCUACAGGAUUUUGAAAGCGUCGCGAGAAUGUUAAAGUCUCUUGGACAUAUUUUACUGUCCGAUUGAUUUAAUCAGUGCUGUUCCAAACCAAACAAAGGCCUGUCACAGAUUGAAGCCGACAUGUAAAAGUUUUUAACUCAUCAGAUGUUUGCUGACUUAAAUUUCAAAAGACGGCCGAGGAAAAUGAAGACAUUCACACAACCAUGUUACUGCUCUCAAAACCUUCAGCGACAGGUUUCCUCCUGAUGUUCCUCUAACACACCGCAGGGCAAUUUGGGUUUCCAUCCUCUAUUCUCUCUAAUGCAACAGCUCCCUCUGCUGCCUCCCCCUGGACCUCAUUCUGACGUCACACACACAACACAACACAAACUUCCUGCACAACCUGGAGUAAACACUUUCAGUGUCACACCUCAGUCUUUGUCCCUGAAAACAGUCGAACGUUAUCCUGACUGGUGCUUUGUGCCGUGUUACAUUUAACACAGUACAGAACAUUGGCCACAUGAUAAACUGCAGUGGAGACUGAGAGGAAUCCAAGAAAAUAGAUUUUUAAAGCCUAACCUCAAAGUUUGGAUACAGCACAAAAAUAUUAAGUUGAAAAUCCGUUUGCAUUUUUUUCCACUCCAAUGUUUUAUAAAUGGACAUCAAGCUGAAUCCUCUGCUCCAGUCCAGAAAAUCAGUUUCUAUAUUUCAAAAUGAAAAAAUGUGUUGCGUCGCACACUUUCUUUGUGUGUCUGUGGGUGUGUGUGUUCAAGGUCCCACUCAAACAGCUCGUGGCUCCAGAGCCUUCUUCUCAGCCUACACGUGUCACAUCAUCAGAUCUCCCAUCAGUGUGUGGAUCUGCCCUUUGCCUCUUCUGCUGUUUCUCAAUGUUGCGUGUGUACAUGUGAGUGUAUUCAAUGUUUUAUAUUCUGUACUAUAGUUAAUCCUAUUGUACCUGUAGCAUGGCUCUGUUUCUUUGGUUAUACAGUUUGCCCUGUGCAUGAAAGAGUGCGCGUGCGUGUGUGUGUGUGUAGCAGGCAAGUUAUUUUUGUACACAGAGGUGAUUUAUGGUAUGAGCCCGUCUGGGUGCUGUGGUGUGUGCCUAUACUCAGUUUUCCUGAACACUGUGACAACUCUGGCGAAACACGUCCGCACUGAGCGAAUGGAAGAGACAAAGAUUUACUGUCAUACAUGUUUUGCUUUUUUCUGUUGGUUUGUUUUUUUCACAGUUUUUCCAUUUUGUGAGUUGGACUGAGUCGCGCGGGAGUGAAAAAAAAGAAAAUGACAAAAAAAGUUGUUGCUCUUUUUCUUGACAACAAACUGAUGUCUAAUAUUCAAUUUGAGUUUUGUAAUAUUUGUAUGUAUGUAUGAAAGUUUUGUAAAUUUGUGAUGGUAUGCACGUUUUGGCAUAUGAGUGUAUGUAUCUUACAAUUUGAAAUGCUUGUUUCUUUGUUUGUUUUUUUGCAUGUAGAUUGCCGUUUAGGUUCAUUUUGUUUAAAGGUUUUGUUUUCAUGUUUAUUUUCGGGACCAUGUACAAUACUGUAUAACGUGGGCAGGAUCUUGGACCUCAUGCUACAUUGAUAUUAUAUAUGAAUAUAAAAACAUGUUUUCCCUAUGGAGAAAGUUUUAAGUUAUAUAUCGCCUGUACACUCUGGGCUGCCUUUUAGAUCUAUCUGUCCACUGUUUAAGAUAACAAUGAUGAUAAUGGAUAAAACAUAUUAAUGAAGAAUUAUGCUGAUGAAUAAUAAAGAUUCUUAAUAAAUCUUAUUACAUUUACAACA